ACAUCGUAAGUUCUUCUCAUUCCUGUUUCAUUAGGUGCAUGCCAGUCCUAAUUUCAACCGUGCGCUUUCCAAUUUCUUAAUCCCGUUCUCUACUGUGCGCUUUCCAAUUUGUUUUGGUUUUCCCUUUACCAGUUUUGAGGCCAAUUAGAUGGGUGUUUGGCUGGUCGUCUCCCAUGGCAAAUUCCUUCUUUUUGCCUUUCUUUUUUUGCGCUAGUUGAUUGAGUUAUAUUGCGAGGGAUUUGAAUUGUCGUUGGGAUUGUUGAAGAAUUGCAUCAUGCUGAAUUUCAGGGAAGCUCACUGGAAAUUGCUUUGCAUCUCAUGAGAUUUGGGCUUUACUUUCUUUUCUUGAGAUCCCCCAAUUCUUAAUCAUGAUUUAUUCCCUUUUCCUUUCUGAGGCAUAUAGAUUCGCCGAGUAAUGGUUUCUGUUCUUAGUACAAGCGCACGGCAAUGAAGGGGGAGGCAAAGAACCACUACCACACGCACGUGCGCGGCUCCACUCGCGGCGGCGGCGGCACGGCGGCGGAGAGGGACCUGCUGCUGCAGUGGGGUAACCGGAAGCGGCUGCGCUGCGUCAAGGUGCACCGCCGCGACGUUGCGGUGGCUGCCACGGUCGCCGCCGAGAAGGCCGCGGCCAGCCAGCGACGCGCUGCCGCCGCUGCGCUGCAGCACCGCUGUCUCAGCAGGAACUCAGAGGUGGCUGCAUAUAUGAGACCAUCAGCACAGCAGAAGCAGAAUAAUGUGUUCCACAUGGUGGCAUCACCUGACAAAGAGCGUCCAGCGAGAGGUGUCAACAACAGCAAUAAUGGAAAUUUAUCAGCUUCUCCGGACGACAAGAAGGGCUCAUCUUCAGGGAGUGAGGGGUCUUUGUGGCCGAAUUUUGCAAUUGCACUGACAAACAAAGAGAAGGAGGAGGAUUUCUUGGUGUUCAAAGGUUCAAGACUGCCCCACAGGCCCAAUAAAAGAGGCAAGAUCAUCCAGAAGACCAUCAAUCUUGUAUGCCCGGGUACAUGGCUCUGUGAUUUGACUCUUGAAAGGUAUGAAGUCCGAGAGAAGAAGGUUUCGAAAAAGCGUCCUAGGGGAUUGAAAGCUAUGCUAAACAUGGAUAAUGAUUCAGAGUAACCAAGCCGACUGAACCCCACAAAAAAAAAAACACUACAAAUACCAUGAUACCUAACAGGAAAAGACAGCACUCACAUAUCCUACGUAUACUCGAAUUGUUCAUUGCCGGUACAUACGCAAAAAUCAAGUUGCUCUCCCUUUCUGGCGAUUAAUUACAUCAAUUGAUGGAUGCAUCGUCUGACAGCGAGGAGGCUGCUGCAGUACCUUCUUCACACCCCAAUGCAAGUAAUGGCUACACUCCUCAUGUUACACGCAGUCGCAACAUGACGCCAGGAAGUUAGAUGCGCGCGACUGUAGGCGUCCAGGGCUCCAGGCUCCAGAGUACGUCCCCUGAAAGAACUGGCAGAGAAAUGGUCCUGAAUUAUUGAUGCCGAUAUGAUGGUCCAGUGUGCAAAUCCAUGGAGAAGAUCACGUUCUGAUCUGCUAUUGUUUGCACAUGUGUUCACGUGGAAAACGAGGAAGUGGACAUCCUGUGUGCAGUGACCCUUAGCUGCAGAUGAUGAUGUAGUGUCUAGUGAUCUGGUCUUUCUAUAUACGGUCUUUACUGCUCUUAUGCUGCAGUUUUGAGCAAAAGAUAUCUGCUGAUUAUUUGUAAAUGCUCUGGCCCUUUCUGUUGAAGUAUAUUGCUGCAUUUCCUCAGCAUUUUGUUUAGGUUUUCUUUUAACUUGUUGCAUAAAACUCAAUAUGAUGUCGGAAACAAAGAUUCUGAGUUAGAGAGUUGA